AUGGACAACAUUGUUUCCGGACUACAGAAGAUCACUAAGCUUGAAUCCCCAGAUCAGUAUAUCGAAUGGCAUAGACAGAUCACAGACUUCUUGAGCACCCACAACUAUGGCCGACUCUUCAACGCUCUCAAGGAGCCACCCCUCAGGUUGCAGUCAGACACUGAACGCGAGUAUGCCAAUGCCCUUGAGAAGUGGGAAGAGAAGCAGGAUAACGCAUACGAGAAACCAUUCAACCGGCUACACAACGUCCUAGAAACCGUUGAGGAACACUACAAGCCCACCGGGAGUGCCAACUACCAGGAACUGGAUCGGAACUACCAUGAGUUAUCCCUCGAGAAUUGCAAAGGUGUCAUGAACUUUGCCUCAAGGCUCCAGGAAGCCAACAAUCAACUACUGGGGAUUAAUUCAACCCUUGGUUACAAUACUCCGCAGCUCGUCAACAAGUUUCUUAUCGAAUUAGGAGACAAAUUCUCAGCCUUCAGAACCACAUUCUAUCAGACUCAUCGACUGAUCCCAGAAAUGGAUAAGAAGGGGAAAGUCAAGACCCCUGGGCAACGAAGAGACGCCGAGACGACCGAGAAAAGUGUUGCCACUGCAAAAGACCGGGCCAUAGUGAAGACAGGUGCUGGAACCUACACCCAGAACUUCGACCAAAACGGCCUAGAAUCAACGACCGCCAAAGGACCCCUGAGCUGUCUUCUCACUGUCAGGAUAGCCAGAAGGAAGAUUUACCUGUGGCUUCCCUCCGAACCCAGAGUCUGA